UGAUAGUUGGCUAUAGACAUGCAAACCGAUUUCGCCUGCGGCGCGAGCGGACGUGCGUUUGCUUCAUAGGCAAAAUAUCGGCGAUAGCAUAAUCUCGGAAAAAUAAAUGACAAAAUACAAAAAUGUUUCUUAAAGUGGCCUUAGCACUGUGUCUAGUGACGUCAACCACCGCGUUUUUCAUAGAAGAAGAGUGCCUUAACUAUACUGUGUACCCUGUACAAUACGAACUCACGAUCAUCCCUUAUGUAUUAUAUGAAGGCAGGUCAUACUACGAUUGUGAAACAAUUAUUACUGUUAUUGCAAAUGCGCCGAAUGUGCAAAUUAUAGAAUUGGAUGCAAAAGAUUUAGACAUUAAAACUGUUAAUGUUUAUUAUAACGACAGGGAUAUCAUUAACAAAUUCAGGCCGUUCGAAUACAACGGAAAAGUUGGGAAGUUGUACAUAUAUUUGCGUGAAGCAUUGCAACAAUACAGUAUUAGUAAAAUUCAAUAUAACAUAAAGAUUUCCUUCAGUAAACAAGUUGAAUCAGAUAGCAGUAGCGGGAUUUUCAUCGCACCUUACGAAGACGGAGGGACAAAACAUCUCUUUGCGACUCGACUAUCACCGAAUAAGGCGAGGUACUUCUUCCCAUGCUUCGAAAAUCCGAGGUUUGAAGCCGUGUUCAAGUUUAGAGUGUACCAGGUUCCCAAUAGGAAAGGCGUGCAGUAUGCCAAUACCAGUCUCGUCAUUGCGAAAGAGCAGACAAGACAUAAAGUCAGAGAUGAUUACGUCAUUAUCGAGUACAUACCAUCUUCGCAAGUGGCUUUACACCAAGUUGGAUUCCAUUACUCGCAGUUUGGCUUCCGCCAAGUGUCCGCCAAGAAUACCAAUGAUACCAUUAUUGUAUGGGGGCCAAAUAAUAAACUGAAAUAUUAUGACUUUAUACUUAUAUUUGGAGAGAAGAUAAUGAACAUGAUUCAUGAGUAUGCUUCAGUAAAUCGGCCUCUGGUGUAUGGACCAAUAAAUAUCGUUGCGGUUCCUUUGAGACUUGAUGGAUAUGAAGUUGGGAGCUGGAAUCUUUUGACCAAUAGAGAAAAUAGGUUAACCUACAUACCGGAGUUCACGAGUAUCAAGCAAGAAGAACACAUGACCUUUGAAUUGGCUCAGCAGCUAUGCAGAAUUUGGCUGGGUAACCCUGGAGAAAUCGAGAGGACUAGAUGGUACGAAGAGUGGUUCAAAGAAGGCGUCUCUACCUAUUUGGCCUACUAUUUUUUGACUCAAUAUGAACAAGGGAUUCAAACAUUACGUCAUAGAAUACCCAUUGGCAUCCAUGGGCUUCAAAUGAAGAACAUUGCAAUGUCACAAGACUGGCACCACAGUACCCCAGCACUGAUCACCUUUAACAGAACCUUGGCCGUAGAGAUUCCAGCCAGAUAUAAGGAACUAGUGCAAAUGAAAACAGCUUCAAUAUUGUGGAUGAUCGAGAAUUGGAUCGGCUCGGACAAGUUCCAUAUGGCGCUUGUGAGAUAUAUUAACACCAGACGCGGCCAUUACAUAUCUCUAAAAGAUUUUAUGACAAACCUUGAUCAUGACACUGUGGAAUGUCUCCACCAGUUCUUCAAUGGUUCCACGGCGUCUAAAGUAUUGGACUCUUGGUUCCAUCAACCUGGAUAUCCAGUGAUACAUGUCAACGUAUUGAGAGAUCGCACCCCUAAUGCUGUUCAGUUAAAACAGCACAAAUUCAGCUUCGUUCGUGAGGACCGCGAUUCGCACUACCUGAUCCCAAUAUCAUACAUGGUUCAGAAUAAUCAAAAUUGCUUUAAUUGCUAUCAGCCAAGAUUUACUAUCGAUCAGACUUACACUUUCGAAGAGAACUUGAACGGUGGAUGGAUUAUUCUCAACACAAACGCUUCCGGAUAUUAUCGAGUAAAUUAUGAUACUUUCACUUGGAAACUCAUUGCAAAAACUCUUAAAGAGGCUCAUCUGUCUAUAAACGAAUUAAAUAGGGCACAAAUGGUUAACGACGUGUUUGCUUUGUAUGCAGCGGGUGUGAUGAAUCAGUCGUUAGCAGUAGAAAUACUUGACUAUUUAGACCAAGAGUUGAGUCCAGUUGUGUGGGACUCUGCCAUUUCAGGUUUCGACCUAAUCAAAACUCCGGGAGCUAGUUGUAAUAUAAACAAAUAUUUGUAUAAAGAUUGGCAGGAAUUUAUGCAAGCGAAAGUAGCACCUAUGUACAAUCAGAUAGCAACUGAAAUCGAGCAGCAAUCUGUAAGCAGAAUGUUUAGGAGCCAUAUUAUAAGUUUCGCUUGCGCUGUAGAUCUUCAACCGUGCCUUAACCAGCUAAGGCAAUCGUACGAUAACUAUAUUCAUCGGAAACAUAGACUUGAUCCUGAUACUCGAGAAACUUGUUAUGAGGUACUCUACCGUAGCGAUGCUAACUUCGGAAGACAAGGAUUCAACGCGUUUGAAGUCGAAGAUAAAGUUAGUGCUGAGCGCAAAAUACGUAAGGAAAAACAAUUUUUGUAUCAAAUUCCUAUGGGCAGUCCCGUGUUGGAUCGAUUAGUUAUGUCUACCACUAAUGCACCCGAUUCGACUACAGAAAAGAAAGAAGACACUGAACAGCCUACGGUACCAGCUACUCAUGGAGGUGCGACACAAAAUUUUGCACCAAAUGUUUUAGCAUUGUUAUUUUUUAUCUUAUGUUCAAUGAGAUAAAUAAAAAUAUUACCAUUAUGGACGGUGACAUGGCUCACCACCCGUUAGUCUAGCAGAAGGCUCUGAUGGGUGUGAGUACUUAGUUCAUCAUGCGAUAAAUGUCUCUGACUGUCCGAAUUGAAAAUAGAGUCGUCUUAAUCUAUGCUAAAUUAUGUUUUAAACCAAGCAUGCAUCUUUCCUAAUUUGACUUGGUGUAGUUUUGCUUCGGACGGCAUUCACUACUUGGCUGAAUAAAAGGGAACGACUGAGAGUGUGUUUCAACAAGAUAGGGGUUUGGCUUUAUAUUAAGUGGAACCAAAAGUGUGGCUGUAGCGAUUAAGCGUUGAAGGAGUGAAAAUGUCGACCCUACCGGCGAGGUUACUACCAGAAAACUGAACGAUGACAAGACAAGCUAUCGGCUGCCUCUAAGUAUAACAAGAAAAACAGUGUCGUUAGAAUUCAAACCGUCAAACGAUUUGUUAAAUUCUUACUAGAUUAAUUUUGCCCAAUUUCCUAAAUAACGAUAUUCUGGUGUCGAAUAUACACUGAAUUGUUGGAUAAAUACGUAACAUCCGCAUUUUUUCUCCUUUCGUGUGAAUGACAUAUCUUAAAGUAUUUCUUGGUAGGUAGGUAUAUGAUAAAAGCUUAUCAGAUAGUUUUAUCUAGCAUUAUCGUACUUUUAUCUAGAUUUUGCCACUCUAAACUCAAAGUUGCGA